AUGUUGGUUUUGGAACAUAAAUCAAUGCUAAACGUGGAAUAAUUUAAAUUAUUUUCCUGUACAGUAAUAAUUUAAAUUCCUUGUUUUGAAUGGGCAAAAGGAAUCCGGAGUAUGAGUUUAUGAUGUUUUUAUUACAUUGUGUCUGCAUUCUUGAAGUGGCACUAGUCUGAAACCGACAAUCGACAUAUCUGUUUGUAUGAAACAUAAAAGUGAUUUUGUGAAUCUCAUGCUUCGUGCCUUUCUAGUAGCUUAUUUACUGUUUGCACUGCAUAGUUGUGUAUAAUUUUCACUAUUGCCUCGGACAGGUUCUUAUCCGAAUUCUGCACAAUUCUAUGUUGGCACAAUAGCACAAAAUGUUAAUGAACUAGCUAUCUCCAAGAGUGGAUGUAGUGCGACAGAUAUUGGUUGUCGCAAUGCAUUUACGAGUAGUAAUAGUGAUUUAUGUCGCAUGGUUUGUGUAUGUUCUAAAAUGCACCGAUUCUGUCAACAGCCCGUCGUCUGACCCAGCCAUCUAUGGAGCAGCUCUAAGUUUCAGUAACCCCCCACCUCCGUUAGGAGCGGGGCAGGACCCAGCCACCCAGACCUGUGGCUUAGCCCCUCCGUUCUGCACCAAGUCUCGUUAUAGAGCCAUUGAUGGUUCUUGCAACAACCUCGAGAGACCAGCCUGGGGUAUGCCGCAGACGCCGUACGGUCGAUUGGCCCAUUACAAUUAUGCUGAUGGUGUAAACGCGUUCCCUCGCUCCAGAUCUGGUCGUCCACUUCCGAACGUUAGAGAGAUCAGUCUCCGUCUCUUCCCCGACAAGCAACUGAUUGACCCCGUAUGGACCCUCAUGACACAACAGUGGGGGCAGAUUAUCACCCACGAUAUGUCUCUUACUGCUGGAGUGGUGCAGUCACCAUUCGCUACAGAAGCCGAGAAUAAGGAGCUGGUCACAUGCUGUGAUGACAACGGCCGCCUAACCCCUGAUGUGACCACCAACCCCGUGUGCGCGCCCCUGCUCAUCCCCCCCAAUGACCCGGUGCACGGGCCGCAAGGAACUCAAUGUAUGAACUUCGUGAGGACUGGCACUACCAGGGAUAGAGGAUGUACUUCACCUAAUGCUCCGGCUGAACCUAUUACAACAGUCACAGCUUUCAUGGACCUGUCCCUGGUAUAUGGCAGCAGUGCUGGUCAAGCCAACCCCGUCAGAGCUUUUCAAGGAGGACGUCUGCUGACCACCGUGAGAAGUGGCCGGGAGUGGCCACCACAGGACCCCAACAUCACCAUCACCUGCGAAUCAGCGCAGUCACCAAAUGAACCUUGUUACCUGACUGGUGAUAUCCGUGUGAACCAAAACCCUCAGCUCACGGUCCUUCAAGUGAUUUUACUACGUGAACACAACCGCAUUGCUGACACUCUUGCGCAUCUCAACCCUCAUUGGAACGAUGAGACUCUCUACCAAGAAGCGAGACGUAUUCACAUCGCGGAAAUUCAACACAUCAAUUACUAUGAAUAUCUACCCAUUCUGUUGGGUCAUGAAAACAUGAUGAAGAAUAAACUGAUCUACCCGGGGGCUCAUGGCUACAUCAACGAUUACAACCCUGGAGUAGACCCUUCAGUCCUUGAUGAGCAUGCUACCGCUGCCUUCAGACAUUUCCACACAUUAAUCAGAGGUUACUUGAAAUUAAUUUCGGAGAACCGUCAAGUGGUCGGAACUGUACGUAUGAGUGAUUGGUUCAACAGGCCUCUUCUUCUGGAACUCGACAACGCCUUUGAUCAUUUGGCAAGAGGCCUCGCAACUCAGGAGCAAGACUUUAGCGAUCAGUUCUGGGACUCCGAAAUGACCCAAUUCCUUUUCAAACGAAACAAUACCUUUGGAGGUGACUUGCGUGCUACGGACAUCCAACGAGGUCGUGACCAUGGAUUGGGGUCUUAUUCAGCGACGAGAGCUGCUUGCGGCCUGUCUGUGCCUAAGUCUUUCCAUGACAUGUUGGACUUCAUCUCCGAAGAGAAUGUCGCAGUUCUUCAAGCUCUAUAUGAAACCCCUCAAGAUGUGGAACUGGUAGUAGCUGGUUCUUUGGAACGCAACGUGCCCGGAGCUCAAGCUGGACCGACGUACUUAUGCAUCUUGACUGAGCAGUUCUAUAGAACUCGAGUCGGUGACCGAUACUUCUACGAAAAUGGAGCCGAUCCCGACACUGCUUUUACGCCAAGUCAGCUCGAGACGAUACGCAAAGGAGCAUCUAUGUCCCGUCUACUCUGUGACAACGGUGACGGGAUCCGAGUCAUGCAGCCUCGAGGCUUCCAGCAAAUAUCGCACGGGAACAAGGUCGUCCCAUGCGAUCAGCUGCCGUUUGUCGAUCUAACGCUGUGGCAAGAUGCUAGAGGUCACUUCUAAGUUUAGGUUACAAUUAUGUAAAAUAAUGGCAGACAAAAUAAAUAAAAUAAUAAUGACAAAAUAAGACGUUACCGCUAACAUUAUUUAGGGUUAUUUUGUAAAUGACAAAAUACUCGUACAACUAGAAAAAUAAUUUGAUAAAUUAUGACUUAUUCUAUUUUCCAUCACAAAAUAUUGUCAUAACAAAGUUUUUAUUUUGUUUUUAGUUACCAGUUCCAUAACAACUUUCGAAAUAAGGUGUCAAUUCUUUGACUGAAACUACUUUAUUUAUUUUUGGUGAUUCGCGGUUUUUUUCUUAUCCAGUGUAAAAAUGGUAACAUAUUUUUUUAUUUAUUUGUACAGAUAAUGAUGCUAAGUUGUAAAUGUGUUCAUGGCCAUUUUACGAAUGUAAUGUAUAUAUUUUUGUGCUAUUCUACAAGUUAAGUACUGUUUAAUUAAAUAGAUUCAGCAUAUUUUGCUACUGUGUAAAAUAACUUUUUACGUACUUUAUUUGACAUGAAUGGUAAGCAAGAAAGUUGUGUGUUUGUAAUUAAAAGUGAAAAUAAAGUAUUUGU